UUCGGUACGUGGGGGGCGGUUCAUACGCUUGUAUGAACCGCCGCAGCACAUUUCUCACAUAACAAACGAGCGGGACGACCACUGGGCUUUUGUGAAGUGCCUUUUGAGACGCCUCAGUCCUCCCCCUCAACAUGACGUCAGAGAACACAAUGGAUGAUGAGGACACCUUUAAGAUCCUUAUAGCCACAGACAUUCACUUAGGCUACAUGGAGAAAGAUGCUGUACGCGCCAACGACACCUUCCAAACCCUGGACGAGAUCCUGAAAUGUGCCAAAAGCAACCAGGUGGACUUCAUCCUGCUGGGGGGGGAUCUGUUUCAUGAGAACAAGCCGUCUCGUCGCUGCCUCCACACCUGUAUCUCCCUGCUGAGGCAGUACUGCAUGGGAGACAGCCCCAUCCUCUUCAACAUCCUCAGCGACCAGGCGGUCAACUUCAGCAACAGCAAGUUCCCCUGGGUCAACUAUGAGGAUGACAACCUUAACAUCUCCAUUCCUGUAUUCAGUGUUCAUGGUAACCAUGACGAUCCCACAGGGGCUGACGGCCUAUGUGCGCUGGAUUUGCUUAGCUCUGCUGGACUUGUCAAUCACUUCGGCCGCAGCCAAUCGGUGGAGAAGAUUGAGAUAAGUCCAGUCCUUCUCCAAAAAGGCAGCACAAAACUAGCUUUGUACGGCAUUGGUUCCAUCCCCGACGAGCGCUUGUACAGGAUGUUUGUCAACAACCAGGUAACCAUGCUCCGACCCAAAGAGGACCAGGACAAAUGGUUCAACCUCUUUACCAUCCACCAGAACAGGAGCAAGCACGGGGCCACUAACUACAUCCCGGAGCAGUUCCUGGAUGACUUCCUGGACCUGGUGGUGUGGGGGCACGAGCACGAGUGCCUGAUCGAGCCGUCCAGGAACGAGCAGCAGCUGUUCUACGUCACGCAGCCCGGCAGCUCCGUGGUCACCUCCCUCUCUCCCGGGGAGGCCGUCAAGAAGCACAUCGGUCUGCUGAGAGUGAAGGGCCGUAAGAUGAACCUCCAGAAGAUCCCCCUGCAGACCGUCCGACAGUUCUUCAUCCAGGACCUGGAGCUGGCAGAUCACCCUGACCUCUUCACCCCGGACACGCCCCAGGUCACCAAGCGCGUGGAGAACUUCUGCUGCAGCAAGGUUGAAGAGAUGUUGGAGGAAGCAGAGAGAGACAGGAUGGGGAGCCCCCUCACCCCAGAGAAACCGCUCAUACGACUCAGGGUGGACUAUUCAGGGGGUUUUGAGACCUUCAACGCCAACCGCUUCAGUCAGAAGUUUGUGGACCGCGUGGCCAACCCCAAAGACAUCAUCCACUUCCUCCGACAACGAGAGAAGAAGGACAACGCCAAAGGAGAUGAUCAGAUUGACUUUAAGCAGGUGUUUGCCAGAACGUCUGUAGAUGGUCUGAGAGUGGAGGAUCUGGUGAAAGAGUACUUCCAGACAGCCGAGAGGACGGUGCAGCUGUCCCUGCUGACGGCGCAGAGCAUGGGGAAGGCGGUGCAGGAGUUUGUAGACAAGGAGGAGAAGGACGCCAUCGAGGAGCUGGUCUCCUACCAGCUGGAGAAGACCCAGCAGCACCUGAAGACCCGAGGGCUGAUCUCCCAGGAGGACAUGGACUCAGAGAUCCAGCGCUUCAGAGACUCCAAGAAGAACACUGCUGAGGAGGAGGAGGAGGUCAGAGAGGCCCUCAGCAGAGCCAAAGCUCACCGUCUGGAACGAGGCGACAACGACCGAGACCCCGACCUAUCAGACGUGCCCGACGACGUUACCAUGGAUUCUGAUGAGGACUUAGCCCCUCCCCCUCCAGCACGCGGCCGAGGAAGGGGGACCAAGGGGAGGGGGGUCGGCCGGGGGAGAGGGAGGGGCGCAGCUGCGGCUGAACCAAAGCCUGCAGGACGAGGUCGUUCCCAGAAGGCUUUGGGGGGGAACCCCAGCCAGAGCAGGAGCAUCAUGGAGGCCCUCCGAGCUCCAUCGAGUAGAGCUGCCAGAGCAUCGACCACAGCCAAGUCCUACACAGAUGAUAUUGAGGAUGAUGAUGAUGAAGACGAUGUGUCCUUUGUGAAUAAAGCUCGACCAACUCAGAGGGAAGUCUCCUCAGUGUCCAGUAAGAGGAGCACUCAGAGCCAGAGCCAGUCUAACAGGGGUGUGAUGUUUGAUGACGAUGUCGAUGAGGAGGAGUUUGACCCAUUCAAAGGCUCCAGCAGGCGUAGACAGAGAUAGCCGGCAACCCGACCAAGCUGUGCACUGCCCCACUGUGUUUGUCUGAUUAGUCGAUGAGUUGUGAUUGUAUGGGUCUGAUUGGAUAGCUUUUCAAUCAUGACAUGUUUUGAUGGAUGCUUCCACAUGAUGAGGUCAUCACCCACAUCUUAAUCCCUUCAGAGCUUUCUGCUGAUAUCAAGUGAAUGGAGAGGAAUGAUCUUAGGCAGCUAGCCAGGAAGGGUAAUAUACAUGCAAUACAAGUCCUGGCCGUGUUAUGUUAUGGAGCUAGGAAAUAAGAGAUAAGUGUUGUUUAUAUAUGGGACCUAAAGUUUGAUUCCAUUCACUGUCCUUGGUCACAUGGGCCUUUGCUGCCCAACAUUCAGACUGCUCAUUGGCUCCCCCUGGCCUGUUCAGUUACACUUGUCAGUUCCUAGUUAUGUUAUUGGCCAGUGUGUACUGUUUGCCAUGGCAGCCAAGUUCUCUCAAGGAAAGGAAAUAAAGAGUUCCAGUUUCUAAAAA